AUACACUAUACGCUCGAAAAUUGCAGGAGAGUGAACCCCAACCUCAUCACUGCGAAAAAUAGGGGUUUUUGAUCUUUGAAAUUUCCAUCGAUCCAACUAGCAUGGGCGGUGGUGCGGCGGAGGCAACCGAAUCGAACAACAACGCCGCCGCAGGCGGCGGUGGUGUUGGCGGCGGCGGUGGUGCUGAUGUGACUGUCCACAUCCGAUGCUCUAACGGCUCCAAGUUCUCGGUGCAGAUCAGCCUCGACUCCACCGUUGGAUCCUUCAAGUCCGUGGUCGCCCAGAACUGCGACAUCCCCGCCGAGCAACAGCGCCUGAUUUACAAAGGCCGGAUCUUGAAGGACGACCAAGCCCUAGAGAGCUACGGAUUAGAGGCUGAUCACACUGUCCACUUGGUUCGGGGUUUUGCGCCAGCUACAUCAGCCGACACUACAGGUGCAACAAAUACAGGAGUUCCAAAUUCUACUCCAAGUGGUGUGAGGUCUGUUAGUUCUGAUGAAGGUGGGGCAUUUGGAGGAUCUGGUGUGGGGGCUUCACCAUUUCCUGGACUUGGUUUCAAUGGAUUAGGCGGCAGCGGUGGAUUAUUUGGAGUAGGACUUCCGGAAUUUGAACAAGUGCAGCAACAGUUGACUGAGAACCCUAAUCUGAUGAGAGAAAUAAUUAAUAUGCCUCUUGUUCAGAACCUAAUGAAUAACCCAGAUGUUAUGCGGAAUAUGAUAAUGAACAACCCUCAGAUGCGUGAAAUGAUUGAUCGAAAUCCAGAGCUUGCUCACAUACUCAAUGAUCCUAACACUCUUCGUCAGACAUUGGAGGCCACGAGAAACCCUGAACUCAUGCGUGAGAUGAUGAGGAAUACUGACAGAGCAAUGAGCAAUAUUGAAUCUUCUCCCGAGGGAUUUAACAUGCUAAGGCGCAUGUAUGAAAAUAUUCAAGAGCCACUUCUGAAUGCAACUACUAUGGCUGGGGAUGCUAGAAAUGAUCUAGGUUCAAACCCAUUUGCUGCUCUUUUGGGGACAACACCAGGUGGGGGGCAGGGCAGAGAUCAGUCAACUAACCCUACCAGCACUGAUUCUGAAACUACAACCAAUUCUCCUGCUCCAAAUGCUAAUCCACUUCCCAACCCUUGGGCCUCUGGUGGGGUGAAUAUGGCAGCUGGUGGUGCUCAAACAAACUCCACUACAAGAUCUAAUCCUGCUGGGGAUGCUAGGCUGCCGGCAGUUGGUGGCCUUGGUGGUCUUGGUCUCCCGGAGAUGUUUGGUUCCACGCAGGAUACUGCUUCAUUAAGUCAGUUUAUGCAAAAUCCAGCUGUAUCACAGAUGAUGCAAAGUCUCCUCUCCAACCCUCAGUACAUGAAUCAGAUUCUUGGUCUCAAUUCCCAGCAGAGCAAUAUGCUGGGUUCCAAUUCCCAACUUAGGGAGAUGAUGCAAAACCCAGAAUUCAUUCGUCAAUUGACUUCUCCUGAAACAAUGCAGCAACUCAUGACUUUACAGCAAACUCUUUUGUCUCAGCUUGGUCGGCAACCAUCAACCCAGGAAGCAGGUCAAACCGGUGGGGGAACAGCAGGAACACUUGACAACAUGGGAUUGGAGAUGUUGAUGAAUAUGUUUGGGGGUCUUGGGAUUGGAAGCCCUGCCGUUCCUGUCAGAUCAGAUGUGCCCCCGGAAGAACUAUAUGCCACUCAGCUCUCACAGCUACAAGAAAUGGGCUUCUUUGAUACCCGAGAGAAUAUACAGGCACUGAUAGCCACUGCAGGGAAUGUUCAUGCUGCAGUGGAGCGGCUUUUGCAGAACCCCGGUCAGUAGAUUGUGAUUAUUGUUAUUAUUCUAUUCAACAUGACACAUAUCAUCAAUCGUGGACCGUUGUAAUCGGUUUUGGACACUCCGGAGGCAUUUUCAAAUCUUAUUUUAGCUAUGAAUAAGUACAUAUUAUGAUAGAACUGUGAACUUCUUGACAUUAGGGUAUUGGUGUGGGAAUACUCUUUUUCCUAUCCCCCACCCCCUUCUAUAUAUAUGAAAAGAAAAAAGACCAAGAUUGCAAUACUUGAGUACUAUGUACAUACACUUUUUAUGA